AUGUUCAGUCGAUUUGUCCGGCCGCAGAGCGCUUUGCGCGUAGCGUCCUCUUUCUCCCCUAAACCCACCUCCGCCCUCUCACGCUUCCAGACCCGUGCCAUUCAUCGCGUUCCCCAAUUGCAGCACGAUGCCCAUUAUAAGGAGAAUGGUGUCCCAGAGUUCCUCUCGCCCGAGGCAUUCGACUUCGCCUGGACUCAAUACCAGACUCUGCUCGUUGACAAGCUCAAUCUGUUGACACAAGACACCGUCGAUGCCGAUGCCAAACCCGGAGAAUUGCUGGUCAAGUACUCCCGGCGUCCGGAGAUGGCCUCGGUCUUCAACUAUGCCUCAAUGGCCCACAACAACCACUUCUUCUUCAACUGCCUGUCCCCCACCGCCACCACCAUUCCCGACAGAUUUGCCAAGGACAUCGUCGACACCUGUUCCUCCGUUGAGUCCUUGAAGUUGGAUUUCCUGGCCACAGCAAGCUCAAUGUUCGGCCCCGGCUUCGUGUGGCUCGCCAAGAACCUCGAGCGCGAAGGCCUGAUGCACAUCUUCUGCACCUACAGCGCUGGCUCACCCUACCCAGCCGCCCACUCCCGUCGUCAACCCCUCGAUAUGUCCACCCACACCCCCGAGACCCAACUAGGCAACCAGUUCGCCGGAUCCAUGGGUGCCCACGCUCAGAACCAGAAGAGUCUUGCACCCGGCGCCGUCGACAUCCAGCCCAUCCUUUGCGUUAACACCUGGGAGCACGCGUGGAUGAUGGACUACGGUAUUGCCGGCAAGGACGAGUACCUGGAGCGCUGGUGGGAUCGGAUUAACUGGGAUGUGGUCUUUGACAACUACAACGCCGUUGGCUCGCAGAAGGGCUCCCGGAGCUCCAUUACCCGGAAUCGGAGUAUGAGUAUGCUUUAA